AUGAUCGUUUGGGAGUGGCGUCGGCUGUUCCGACAAGCUGUUCGAUCCUUUACUCCGAAAAAGCCUCUUAGUUAUCAGCAGGUUUGUCAUAAAUAAGUUUUUCAACGAACAGGAAAAAAUUUUUCAGUGGUCUCGUCGUCGGCUCAUCACCUCUUUUGUGCUGUUUUUCGUUGGUUGGAAGGCUUUUGGUUACACGCUCAACGAUAUCUUCCUCUGGACUGUUGACGAAAAAACCAACGUCGGCCGAUUUUUGUCGCCUGGCGAAGCGAAACAGCUCAGGUUUGUUUCAGUUUAAUUCAAGAAGAUAGUUUAAACGAUAGCAAAUGAUUGGAUAACGAGGACUUCUCAAACAAAAAUUUAUCUUGUUGAAAUUUUUUUGAAAAGCUCAAUUUCAUGUUCACUGAGUAGUAGAAGUAGAAAUAGUGUGUAUGAUAUUUUCGCCUAACUUCAAAUAAUGAAUCAGCCGAACGAUGGGAACCUCACUUCUAAAGAAAUUCACCUUAUUGAUCGGUUUUUAUAACCAAUUAUAAGCUCAAAUAACUAUAAACUCAUGUAAAUUGCUAACCAAGAUGAGAUCACAAAACUUUCAGGGAGGAGAGAGAACGAAAACGCGAUCCCCAGCUUUCUCCCAUCAAAAUUUCUUCAAAUUACGAGCUCGACGACUGA